AUGGCGAUGGCGGAGGAGAGGGUAGAGAGAGAAGAGAGAGACAGAGGGGGUUUUGAGAGUGCAGAGGCGGUGGGUGGCAGUGAACGAUGUAGUGGCGGUAGGGUGGGUGUUGAUGGUGGCGGUGGAUCAAUCAUGCCGCCAAGAUUUAGAAGGGGAAGAGGAAAGGCUCCAGUCACAGGCCACGACCACGAAGCCGGGCCAUCAUAUAGACGAACCCCAUCAAUCACAAUGAGUACCAGUCCGCGUGAGCAUUGGAGGACUUACCAGGCGAGAUUCGCCCAGUAUGACUGGGUGUUUACCCCUUCGUACCACACCUCGCCUCACCACCAGCAGCAGCAGGAUCCUUCCGGGGAUUCUUGUUUUGUCGCGGUCACCCCACCGCCACCACCACCAGUUCAGCAACCGCCUCCGGUGCCACCGAGGCAACGAAGAUCAAACGCACGGAUAUCCGUGCGAGGAGGAGUGCGUAUCAGCACCCCUCAACCAUCAAGUGGCAGUCAUUACCCGCCACUCCAUGAAGACCCGCAGAUGGGUGGGCCUUCAAACCCCGUCUCGGAAGUAGACUCUGCGCCUGUCGCACCACCGUUGGGUUUUGGUAACCCAAUUCCUGCAUACGCCGGUUCAGCAGCGUACAACCCAUUUGAGCAACCGGCCCACACCAACUACAAUUAUGCUGAGGUUGACCCAUACCAGGCAGCAUGGGAUUACAAUGCUCUUCACCCUGAAGGGCCUUAUGGAGCUCCUUGGGGAGUUGGAUACCCAGCUUAUGGGUACCAACAACCGCCACCUCCUCAACCUCUACAUCAGCAGCCGCCGCAGUCGCAAUUGAUACCACCAGAACGCCAACAGGAGGUUCUUGAUAGGUUGAGCGGGAAGUUCAAGCAGAACGCAGGAACAACCAAGGCUUCUUCAAAGGUUUGGCAAGCCUAA